GCCAGGGCGUGGCGGGAAGCGGGAGUCGCCGGCAGUCGGGAGAUUUGCGGGUCGGAAUUCCGGGAUCCCAGCGCGGGUUUUGGCGGGGGUGGGACACGGAACUUUCGGAUCGAGCUCCUCCCCUCCCAUGGGGAUCCCCUCCCCUCCCGCCGCGCUCCAUGGCUCCGGGGCCGCUCCCGCCGCCGCCGCCGCCGCCGCUGCUCACCUGGGGGGCGCAGGUGGGGCGCGGGGCGCGGCGCGCGCUGCUGCGGGGCGCGCUGGGGCUGAGCCUGGCGCUGCUGCUGCUCUGGGCCUCGCUCUUCCUCUACGGCUCCUUCUACUGGGCUUACCUGCCCGCGGCUGCCGUGCUGCGGCCGCUGCACCUGGCCUUCAGGUCGGACUGUGACAGCCCCGGCCCUGAGCUCUGCUCCUUCCCCUCGGCCAACGUCUCCCUGCUGGGGGAGCACCGUGAGAAGGUGCUGCUCUAUGGGCAGCUCUACCGGAUCUCGCUGGAGCUGGAGCCGGAGUCUCCGGUGAACCGGGAGCUGGGAAUGUUCAUGGUGUCGCUGACGUGCUACGGCGCCGGGGGACGGCCGCUGGCCACGGCGGAGCGCGCGGCCAUGCUCCACUACCGCUCGCGCCUGCUGCGCGCGCUGCACACCGCCGCCUUCGCCGGCCUCUUCCUCAGCGGCUUCGCCGAGCAGAGCCAGACCCUGGAGCUGGAGCUGAUGGGGCGCUACCGGGAGGAUCCCUACACGCCGACCGUGGGCGCCUUCGUGGAGAUCCGCAGCCGGCGCCUGCAGCUCUACGGGGCGCGGCUGCGCGUGCACGCGCACUUCAGCGGCCUCAGGUACCUGCUGUACCACUUCCCGCUGACCUCGGCCGUGCUGGGCGUGGCCGGGAAUUGGGCUCUCCUGGCGCUGCUGACGCUCGGGGGGUACCUGCAGUGGGGGAGGGGCUCGCGCCGGCCCCGCCCCGCACAGGAGCGGCGCAGCCAGGGCGGAGCCGAGGGGGAGGGGACAGAUCUUUCAGCCCCCAAAGUUUCGGAGGAGCCCGAAACCGUGGGAACCUCGGAGCCCAGCGCAGAGCCCCCCCUGCUCAGCGCCGCCAACGCCCCCCCCAGGGAGGGGGAGGGGCAGGAGGAGGAGGUCCCUCUCAAGAACCCCCCAAAUCUGCCUCAGUACCCCCAGUCCCCCCCAAAUCUCCCCCCGCAUCAAACCAAAUGA